AUGCGCGAAAAACAUGCACAUCGAACGAGUUCUGCAAAGACCAGCCCGGUCAAUGCGCACCCUAAGGGGUUGACCUCUCAGUCGUCGACAUCGGUGGAUGCAUAUCCAGAGGUCUCAAAUAGCCAGAGUCUGAAUCACUCUCGAGUGGCGACUCCAAGAAGUGCCUCUCGUCCAACUGAAUACCCUCGUGGCGGUGAGGAAGAGCAAACUGGUGUUGAGAUCGCAACCAAAGUUCUGGGAAGUAACAAGAACGGCCAAGCGCCAUUUUACACCGGAGAUUCGCCUGGAUUUGGUGGUGUCUUUGAUAUAUGUUCCUCGCCCCGACAGCCCAUCCAAAGGCACAUCCUACUCACUUCCAAAACAUCGACCAAUUUAUCCUCUGAAGACAAACAAUACCUACAAUACAAGGGAGUCUUUAACUUUCCUCGGAAGGAGACCUAUGAUGAGAUUUUACAGGCAUAUUUUCAUCAUGUACAUCCUCUUACGCCCGUGAUAGAUGUCUCAGCACUUCCACAUCUCUACCCAACUGGAGAUAACCAGCAACACAACCUACUUUUGCUGUGGAGCAUCUGCUUUGUUGCAACAAACUAUGUCUCGGUCGAUACUUGGCGACUAGAAGGCUUUUCCUCCAGAAAGCAUAUGAAAGACUCUAUGUAUUAUCGUGCAAAGUGCUUGCACUAUAUCGGAGGCGAAACAGACCACACGGUUUUGCUACAAUCAGCCCUACUCUUGGGAUUCUACCACUCUGAAGCCGAUAUCCACACGCAACCAUGGUAUUGGCUUGGUGUGGCAAUCAGCCUUUGUCAAUCAAUCGGCCUUCAUCGUUGCUCCAGCGCAGUCUGCGCUACUUCGCCUAUCUCCGAGCAGCAACAGCGUCUUUGGCGUCGCCUUUGGUGGAUCUGUGUUUUCCGAGACCGUUGGCUCAGUCUUGUCAUGGGGCGUCCAUUGAGAAUCAAUAUGAACGACUGUAACACUAUCAUGCCUUCUGCAGAUGAUAUGCUAAGUGAUUUUGCCGACUUUCCAGAGACUGCAGCCUACAUCCCCAGGGAUUUGCCGCAACUGGCGGAUCAUUGGGUCACCAUGAUUCAACUAACUCGGCUCUUGGGCGACGUUCUUACCAUGAGCUAUCAACCAUUUGGACCCAGCCCGUCUUUUCAACAAGUGGAGGAUCUUGAACGAAGGAUACAGCUAUUCCAGCUCCCCAAGAACCAAGAAACAGUAUCAAGUUCACUUGCAACCUUUUACUUAUACCACCUGGAGCUUCAUUACCAAGCAUUUCUCGUCACCUUCUAUCGCCCAUUCAUCACCAAAAUACCCGAGGGGCUCCCCGUAUCUCGCCAGAGCUCAUGGCAAACCCACGUCCGAAACGCGAUUGAUACCGCUGCACUACAGACCAACACUGUCCUUGACAGUCUGGUGCGUGAAAAGCUACUAGAUUGCUCUGGUCCCAUGACACCACCCUUGUUAGUGCCAGCUAUGCACGUCCACCUCUUGAAUUGCAAAUCGCGCGAUCCUCUGUCUCGACGUCUCGGUCUCAACAAGCUAGAAUUGUGCAUGAUGGUUCUGGAGCAGAUGCAACAUACUCACCCAUCCUCUUCACUGUUCCGGGGUAUCUUCUUGGCCGCUAUUCAUCAUAUUUUCCCAAGCUAUGUCGCCCAGUCUACUAUACCGGAGCUGGCUACAUCUGAAUCUUCACUGCCGCAGAAUGUUUCAGUCGAUGACCCUAUGGCUGGAAUCACGAUCGGUGAAGAUGCGAUUGAUGCGCUGAUGGAUGAGGUUUCAAUUUUCAAUUUCUGGGAGUCAUUCUACAGUAUGCAGACUUAA